UGGCCCGCACCUCCCCGGCGCGCGCCCGCCCGCCCGCUCGCCCCCGGCCCCGGCUCCUCCUCCUCCUCUUCUCGCCAUUGCAGUUGGACUCAGCAGCCCGGUGCGCACCGCGUGGCUUUUGGGGGGACACCCCGGCGGGCUGUGGAAGGAGGGCGGCGGCGGCGGUUGCGGUCGGGGAAGGGAACGCCGACAAGAUAGUUGAAGUAUUGAUAACACCAAGGAAAUCUGUCACAAUUUGAAAAGAUAAGCAAACAUUUGAUUUCCAGACACUACAGAAAAAAGAAGUAAAAAUGCGUCCGAUGCGAAUUUUUGUGAAUGACGACCGCCACGUGAUGGCAAAGCAUUCUUCUGUUUAUCCAACCCAAGAGGAACUGGAGGCAGUCCAGAACAUGGUGUCCCACACAGAGAGGGCUCUCAAAGCUGUGUCUGACUGGAUAGAUGAACAAGAGAAAGGCAGCAGUGAGCACACUGAGUCGGAGAAUGUGGACGUGCCCCCGGAGGAUGAGACCAAAGAGGGGGCUGGGGAGCAGAAGACUGAGCACAUGACCAGAACCCUGCGGGGCGUGAUGCGAGUUGGCCUUGUAGCAAAGGGCCUGCUGCUCAAGGGGGACUUGGAUUUGGAGCUGGUGCUGCUAUGUAAGGAGAAGCCCACGACUGCCCUCCUGGACAAGGUGGCUGACAACCUGGCCAUCCAGCUCGCUGCUGUUACAGAAGACAAGUACGAAAUACUCCAGUCUGUUGAUGAUGCUGCGAUUGUGAUAAAAAACACAAAAGAGCCUCCAUUGUCCCUGACCAUCCACCUGACAUCCCCUGUUGUCAGAGAAGAAAUGGAGAAAGUAUUAGCCGGAGAAACGCUAUCAGUCAACGACCCCCCGGACGUUCUGGACAGGCAGAAAUGCCUUGCUGCCUUGGCGUCCCUCCGACACGCCAAGUGGUUCCAGGCCAGAGCCAACGGGCUGAAGUCGUGUGUCAUUGUCAUCCGGGUCCUGAGGGACCUGUGUACCCGAGUGCCCACCUGGGGUCCUCUCAGAGGAUGGCCCCUUGAGCUUCUCUGUGAGAAGUCCAUCGGCACUGCCAACAGACCAAUGGGUGCCGGCGAGGCCCUGCGGAGAGUGCUGGAGUGCCUGGCGUCGGGCAUCGUGAUGCCAGAUGGUUCUGGCAUUUAUGACCCUUGUGAAAAAGAAGCCACUGAUGCUAUUGGGCAUCUAGACAGACAGCAACGGGAAGAUAUCACACAGAGUGCGCAGCAUGCUCUGCGACUUGCUGCAUUUGGCCAGCUACAUAAAGUUCUGGGUAUGGACCCUCUGCCUUCUAAGAUGCCCAAGAAACCAAAGAAUGAAAACCCAGUGGACUACACAGUUCAAAUUCCCCCCAGCACCACCUACGCCAUUACACCCAUGAAACGCCCUAUGGAAGAAGAUGGGGAGGAGAAGUCCCCUAGCAAAAAGAAGAAGAAAAUUCAGAAGAAAGAGGAGAAGGCCGAGCCGCCUCAAGCAAUGAACGCUCUUAUGAGACUAAACCAGCUGAAGCCGGGACUGCAGUAUAAGCUGGUUUCUCAGACUGGUCCAGUCCAUGCCCCCAUCUUCACCAUGUCUGUGGAGGUAGAUGGCAACUCCUUCGAGGCUUCUGGACCGUCCAAAAAGACUGCGAAGCUGCAUGUGGCUGUGAAGGUGUUACAGGACAUGGGCCUGCCUACUGGCGCUGAAGGCAGAGACUCCAGCAAGGGAGAGGAUUCGGCUGAAGAAACAGAAGCAAAGCCGGCUGUGGUGGCCCCUCCGCCUGUGGUGGAAGCUGCUUCGACUCCCAGUGCUGCCUUCCCCUCAGAUCCCACUGCCGAGAACGUAAAACAGCAGGGGCCGAUCCUGACCAAGCAUGGCAAGAACCCUGUUAUGGAACUUAAUGAAAAGAGGCGUGGCCUCAAGUACGAGCUCAUCUCAGAGACUGGGGGCAGCCAUGACAAGCGCUUCGUCAUGGAGGUCGAGGUGGAUGGACAGAAAUUUCAGGGUGCUGGCUCAAACAAAAAGGUGGCAAAAGCAUAUGCCGCUCUUGCUGCACUAGAAAAGCUAUUCCCUGAUGCUCCUCUCGCCCUGGAAGCCAACAAGAAGAAGAGAGCCCCUGUGCCUGUCAGAGGUGGACCGAAAUUUGCUGCUAAGCCACAUAACCCUGGGUUCGGCAUGGGAGGCCCCAUGCACAAUGAAGUACCCCCGCCCCCAAACCUUCGAGGGCGGGGAAGAGGAGGGAACAUCCGAGGUCGAGGUCGAGGGAGAGGAUUUGGCGGCGCCAAUCAUGGAGGCUACAUGAAUGCCGGCGCUGGAUAUGGCAGCUAUGGGUAUGGAGGCAACUCGGCAACGGCAGGCUACAGUCAGUUCUACAGCAACGGAGGGCAUUCUGGGAAUGCCGGUGGUGGCGGCGGCGGGGGCGGUGGUGGCUCCUCUGGCUAUGGCUCCUACUACCAAGGCGACAACUACAACUCACCAGUGCCCCCGAAACACGCUGGAAAGAAGCAGCCCCACGGGGGCCAGCAGAAGCCCUCCUACGGCUCGGGCUACCAGUCCCACCAAGGCCAGCAGCAGUCCUACAACCAGGGCCAGUACAGCAACUACGGCCCCCCCCAGGGCAAGCAGAAGGGCUAUAAUCAUGGACAAGGCAACUACUCCUCCUACUCAAACUCCUACAGCUCCCCCGGGGGCGGGGGCGGAUCAGACUACAGCUACGAGAGCAAAUUCAACUACAGUGGUAGUGGAGGCCGGAGCGGCGGGAACAGCUACGGCUCAGGCGGGUCGUCCUACAACCCAGGGUCACACGGGGGCUACGGCGGAGGUUCUGGGGGCGGCUCCUCAUACCAAGGCAAACAAGGAGGCUACUCGUCACAAUCAAACUACAACUCCCCGGGGUCCGGCCAGAAUUACAGCGGCCCUCCCAGCUCCUACCAGUCAUCACAGGGCGGCUACGGCAGAAACGCAGACCACAGCAUGAACUACCAGUAUAGAUAAAGCCCCCGCCGAGGGGUGAAGAUUUGUACCUUCUGCACUUACCCCUCGUUGUAAGAUUCAGUUUUAUGCAUCACAGUUAACAUGUCAGCUGGCCCCUCCAGGCCCCUUCCGCCCCAACUUGUCCACGUUGCUGUGUUGUGAGGUGCGGCUGGUCACGCCCGUGACCCGUCCUGUGACCCAUAUUUAGCCGUGUUUGGGACUUCCAUGUCUUCAAUGGUUUGUUAGUUGCCAUCACAACUUUGUCCGAGUAGAGUUUUUUGAGUUCUUGCAGUUACGUAUCCCUCUGUCUAUUUACAAUUGGUGUUAGUGUUAACUCAGUUUGUCUUUAAAUAGCUACAGAAGGGAUACAUCAUCUGUUAAUGCUUUUGUGAAGUGAGUUAAACGAGCUUUCUGUAUUUUAAUGCUUUAGUGUUUCAGUUUUAUAAGUGAAGAUUUUAUUUUAAAAACCAGUGGGAAAGAGUGGGUUUUUUUUUGUAUGUCUGGAUCAUUCAGGCAGUACAUCUGAGUUAAGCUGAAUGUAGACAAAUAAAGAAAAAGAAAACUCUGUGCCCGUGGUAGGCUUGGGUGUCUGACCCACCAGCAGUGUGAUGGGCAGGUUCCUCCACUGUUCCCAGCAUGGGAAUGUAGGGUGGGGGUAGCAGGGCAGUCCCCUCUCACCAAAGCGUCUGGCUCCAGGCCUCUAGAUGCCUUUAUUCCAAGUUUGGCUGGGGCCAGCACCCCAGUUACAUGGGAUCUCGUAUUCCUGGUGUCCCAGGGGCUCUUGGGGUCUGCACAGUGGCAUACAAGUGGCCCACGCUGGUGUUUGGGGACUUGCUCACACAUUUCAGCAUGCUUGCUUUUCUGCUCCUUGAAUUCUGGUGUAGUUUUAAGUGCAGUUUCUUGUUUCCAUGGAGUAAAAUGUCCUAGGUUUAGUACAUGUAACCUGACUUGAAAGGGGCUGAUUGAAUCUGGCUAAAGCACCCCAAGAUCUGAGAAACCCAGCCAUAGAACCUUCUAUAUAUCAGAAUGGCGUGGUUUUGUGUUCCCAACAGCUGCAGCCUUCGUCCCUGUUGCCACCCCUGCCCAGGGGAUCAGAGUGCGCAGUUGGGGUUCUUUCUCAUAGCCCAGAUCUGCCCCAUUCUAGCAGGUUUCCCUGGAGCAGUGCUUCUCAAUCCCAGGCAGUUACGCUGCCUAUUUGGGGGACAUUGCCACCUACUGGGCAGAGGCCAAAGAUCCUAUCGACCAUUCUAUGCUUGAGUGUCAGCUAUGUGGAGGUGGAGGAACCUGCCCUGAGAACAGUGCUUUUCAGCUCUGGCCCUGCCCUGGGGAUGGGCAGAGGUAGCGGCUCUGACUGCCUUUGCCCAGGCUUCAGCUCUGUCUGGGAAGAGCCUCGGGUGAGGCGUGGGGCUGCACCUCUGCAGGGACCCUUCUCCUCUUGCCGUCUCUCUACCAUCUCUCAGACCAGGCACCGUUUGCAUCCUGAACCCUGGGAAGUCCCUUGGCCUCCUGGCUUGGUUAACCAUAGCCUUUGGAAGAAGAUCAUUCUUGACUCAGAAUUCUUCAGCUGAGGCAGAAAAUCCAGUGUGCCUUCAAAGGACAAAGCUUUGCCUUGGAGAGAUGAAAGAAAGGUGUUCUGCACUAAACAAAAGAAAACAUUGGAAGAAUUUUGCCUUCUGCUGGAGCAGAGGAAGAACCAGGUGGUCCAGCCUGGGGAGAGGGAGGAGGGAUAAUGUGAUGCCCAUCUGAGAAGUUCAUGGUAUGAGCAUUUAGGUUGGCCUGCAGUGCACUGGGGUCCCUUGAGUGUGUGUGUGUGCGUGCACUCGGGACAAGAGACAGAUCCGAGGGAUGGGUCCAAACCCAGAUGUGAUGGGAUGUGACUUGUCCAUGAUCCAUCAUCUCUUCUAGACACUUCAGGGGGCUGGGACCAAGAGCCCCUCGAGAUCAUUAGGACCUUAUAUUGAAAUGAGAAGACACAGGCUACAUACAGAUGAAGCCUGUACCCAUGAGGAAGAACACCCCGCCCUGCCUGCCAAAACACCUUCAAACCGUGGGCUUGUCUGCUCAGCACAGGUCUCUUACUGUCCGUUUCUGAAGCAGUGACUGCCACCACAUUGAAGUUUUUUGAAUGUAGACCUUCACAAGGGCAGGAAUCUUGAGGAAGGCAGUGGAGAACUCCCAGGCCAUCUUGAUGUGGAGGCCUCAGGGAGUUAUGAAUGACUUGGGGCCAUGUUCCUCUUGUGAAAAAGGGUUUGUUUGGGUUGCUUGUCUCAUGUGGAUGCCUGUCUGAAUCCUUGAACCUGGUCUGAGCGCUCCCAAAGCCAAGACAAGCUUUGUUGAUCUGAUUGACAUUCAUUGCCAAGAACAGAGCAGUAUCUGAGAAGGAGGAUCUUUUCUUGUUUCUUCCAGUUCCUGGUAACUUGAGGCUUGUGACAGCAUCACUCUAGGAGCCACCUCCUUCAUGUGACCUCCCUGUGAGCCUGUGUCUCAGAUCUACUCCUUUCUUCUAAGGACACCAAGUCAAUGGAUUUCAGCUCCACGCUAAUCCAGGGAGAGUGCAUCUCAACAUCCUUCACAUUCAUGGUUGUGUCAGCAGUUAAGACUUGGAUGUACAUUUUUGCAGGAGUACUAUUCAGCUCACUGAAAGGGUUGAGUGAAGGCUUUAUCCCAUGCUGGUGGCACAGCCCUGGGAGUUUGUUGACCACUGCCAGGAUCACCAUGGUGGGUACCUGUCCCAAGGCAACAGCUCAUGAGCACACAUCCCUCGGCACCCUUACUGCUUGGGGACUUCGUUGGUGCUAAUGGCAGUGUUAUGCAUUUGGCCAGUGACAGUAUCUCAGCCCUCAGGACCUGUCAUUCCAGGCAACUGGGUUCAGAUUGUGGCCGCCACCAUAAGCAUGAAGAAGACCUGGGUGCUGGCAUGUCAUUCAUUCAGAGCUGACCAAGGUCUCUCCAGGCCUGUUGCCCUCCAAGCUCAGGAAGCCAGCAUGGAGGAAGUUCUUGCUGAGAUGCUUCUCCAGGUCCUCCUUGGCCAGGGACACAGUGGGCAACAGAGGGAUGCCUCAGCCCAUAUGCUGCCAGAGGAGGGUGUCCUGUGUCAUUCAGUCACCAGCAGAGCUUGCCAGGAACGUCAGCAGGAAGAGCCAGUGGCCCACAUGCUCAGCAAGUGGAUUAGGGUAGGGUACUUACUUGGUGGAUAGGCGCACGAGGGUCAGUGACCCAGGACUGGACACUAUCCCAGAGGGCUCAGGAUGCCUUUGGAGGGAGGAAGGGGGAAAGACCUCAUGACUGAGGGAACACCUGAACACAUGCAUGGUGGGCUGAGAUGAUGGGAAGAGCCUUGCAGGGAAUUUCAGCUGAUCCCACGGGAAGGUUUGGGGUGGUUAAGACCGAGGACCAAAGGGGGGUGCUCUAAGCAGUAAUAAUGGGAUGCAGAUCCAAGAUUUCCACUUUUGUCCAUUGAUCAGAAUCACUAGGGUCCUGGUUGUCCCGAUGGCCUGGGAUCCAGUCUGACCUGGAAGUCGAUGCCCAGUUGCUUCCACUCUGGCAAGGGAAUGUGCACUGUCCCUCUGACCACUGAUCAUUCUUGUGCAGUUGGCAAGGCCCGUCCCAACCUUCAGUACUGACCUGGUCCCCCAGGUCUGGCUUUUUGCCUCUGGGCUCAGCCUUAGGAUUCAGUCUGCGGGUGUGAGCCCCACACUGUCUGCCCUUUGCAAGCCUAUCCAGAGACUUCUGGACACAAUUAUGGGCCACACACCAGCAAGCCUUCUUGGCCUGAAUGCUCAUUCUAACCCAUCCCAGAAUAAAUGGAAACUUCAUGUGUUCAUUGUUUCA